AUGAGUUAUAACCAGGGCUAUCCUGGAAAGUACCCUCAAGGACAGCAGAAUGGAUACGGUCCAGGAGCUAAUUACGGGCAGGCUAGGCCGACCAUGCCUCCGCAGAAUGGCACUAGUAACAGUUACCCACAGCCGCCGCAAAUGCCCGGAAUGCAACCCCCUCCUGGAGCAGUACCUCCUCAAAUGAGUAGACCUGGCGUGCCACCGAUGCCCCCAACUAGUCUUGGUGCCCCACCGAGCCAAAUGCAAAUGCCGCAGAUGGCCGGUCACCCUCCGCGCCCUCCAACGCUGUCAGCGCCCAGUUUGCAGCCACCUACAAUGCCAGGAAUGAUGCCAGCGCCGCCGAAGCCUGUGAUGGCUUCCCAGCCACCCAGUGGAUUUGGUAUGAAUAACACAACGCCAAUGCAAGUCCCACCUCCUCAGAUGUCGAAUCGACCACCGCUUCCACAAGCGCCACCUUCCUAUCCAUCUGGCGGCUCAUACCAACCCGUCACCUCGCAGCCAAGACCUCCACCACCGACGAGUAUCGGUCAACAACCACAAAUGACCAAUGGAUAUCCCCAGCAGCCCCCUCCCCAGAUGAACAGUUACGGUCAACCACCAGGUCCUGGAGGAAAUCUAAAUCAACAAUUUGGCAAUAUGAAUUUCGGCGGCCAGCAGAAUCAACAAGAAUCCGAACCUAUCAAUUUAAUGGAUUUACGUGCUCCAAUUUUGAGCGCAGACGGCACAUAUGUCCCUCCCGAAGUAAGGUACCAGACGCAGCCUCCACCGGGCAUCCAGCGAAUUCCUCCAAAUCGAAAAAAUUGUGAUCGAGAAGUAAUGAGCUGUACUCUUCAAGCGAUCCCUUCGAGCGAUGCUCUCUGUCAAAAAGCAAAGCUCCCUUUCGGACUCCUAUUGCAUCCUUACAAAGACUUACUGACACUACCUGUAAUAACGACGUCAAAUAUCGUGCGGUGUAGAAGCUGCCGCGCUUAUAUCAACCCCUUCGUGAGCUUUAUCGACAUGAACAGGUGGAAAUGCAAUUUGUGCAGUAGAAUUAAUGAAGUGCCGGAGGAAUUCAAAAGUAAUCCAGUUACAAAAGAGUACGGAAAGCCAGAGGAACGACCGGAAUGUGUCAACUCAACCGUUGAAUUCAUCGCCCCGUCCGAAUACAUGUCCCGUCCACCUCAAGCCGCUCAAUAUUUAUUCAUCAUUGAUGUCAGUUUCAACGCAGUCCAGUCAGGCUAUCUCGAAAUACUCGCGGACGAGCUACUACAUGAAUACAAAAAUAUGCCUGGUGAUAGGAGAACAAAAAUUGGCUUCUUGUGUUUCGACAGUUCGCUACAUUUCUUCAAUUUGAGCGAUGAACUUGCCCAGCCGCAGUUGUUGUCCGUUUCCGAUAUUGAUGAUCCUUUUGAACCAAUGCCAGAUUCUAUUUUAGUGAAUCGACAAGAAUCCGCUUCACAGAUAGAACAAUUCCUCAAAAUGCUGCCAAAUCUUUUCAAAUCAACACUUUCACCCUCAUCCUGCGGCGGAUCGGCAAUCACUGUUGGCCAAAAGAUGCUUUCUAAAAACGGCGGAAGGAUAUCGCUCUUCUCUACGACACGGAUCUCCGAGGGCCUCGGAAAACUGCAGGAACGGACACCCAAUGAUGGUGAAUGUUUAAACGGCGUUACGGACUUUUACAAGACCCUGGCAAUUGAAGCGAAUCAGCAACACAUAGCGAUUGAUCUUUUCCUCUUUGGUCAUCAAUUCCAAGACAUUGCUUCGUUGGCUCCAGUGGCGAGAAAUAGCGCUGGACAUGUUUAUAGAUAUCCAGGCUUGCAUAUUGAAACAAAUCCUGUUCAAUCUGAGCGAUUCCGCAGCGAUUUCCACCGCUAUCUCGUGAGAAAAAUCGGUUUCGAAUCUGUCAUGCGCGUUCGAGCGACCAGAGGCAUUUCUAUUCACACAUUCUUUGGAAACUUCUUUGUUAGAUCAACGGAUUUACUUAAUCUCGCGUGUAUCAGUCCGGACUCUGGCUACGCAAUGCGUUUGCAAAUUGACGAAGAUCUCAAAGGAUACGACUACGUUGGAUUCCAGUGCGCGUUACUUUACACCUCGACAAAGGGAGACAGGAGAAUUCGAGUCCAUACGAUGUCCUUCCCAGUAACAAAUCAGCUUCAAGAUGUAUACAAUAACGCUGACGCUGAGCUUGUUGCUGCAAUGCUGGCACAUUUUGCUGUUGAAAGGUCCCUAACUCACACUGUCAAUGAUGCCAGAGAAGCGCUGCUUCACGCUGCCACUGAUGCACUGUCGAACUACAAAGAAUGUCUUCCCGCUUAUCAGAAAAGAGACCCUACUGCUGUUCUCGUUCCAAGAAGAAGUCUUGGGCCUUUCGCUCUAUAUAUUUCAGCCCUGCUCAAGUCAGAUGCAUUCAGGCUAGACAAUAGGAACUUGGAUAACAAGGCCUUCCUAAUGACAGAUAUCAAGCAGUCGCCGAUGAAGUAUUCGAGAUAUCACUGGCUCCCUGCGCUCUACAAAAUCGACAAUAUCAAGCAAGAACAAUUAUUCGAAAAUGACGAAGACUCGAGCAGGGCAACAGAUCCGGAUUUCCCAGUUCCAGAGAGUCCGAUCGUGAGGUGUCUACCGCUAACUGCCGAAAGUAUUGGCAAAGGACAGGUGUUUUUGAUGGACUGCGGCUGGAAAUUAUUGCUGUUUAUCAGUGUUCACGCGCCGCAAGAAUUUUUCAGAGAUGUUUUGGAUAAAUCAUACGGGCAAUUGAUGGAUGGAGACAUUUUCGAGCUACCGGAAGAGCCCGAAGACGAAAAUUCGAACGAACCAGAGUCUAGGACGUAUGUGCGCAAUUUUAUCAACUCCCUCCAAGACGAUCGUUCCCAUGGCGCGCCAAUUCAGAUCAUAAGAGCGGACGGCAACUUAAAAGAUAAUGCUAUUCUGAGAAAAUUAAUACGGGACAGAACAAGCUCUCAGCAAUCCUACUACGAGUUCCUACAAUAUCUUCAAAAGAAUAUGAAAUAA